GAAAAGGCCAAAACUAAAACCCAUCGUUCCUUCUUCCCCAUCCUCUCUCUCUCUCUCAUAACACAUUAGAUUCCAAAUAUAUAUAUCUACGAUCAAGCAUUCUCGUCUGCUUGUGUUAAAAUUCUGAAAUGGAUCUUCAUUAACACUCUCCUUUCUUGAUUUUAAGUACUUUUUCUGGAUAAUUUAUCAUCUGAAAUUCUGCAUUUUUUAUCAAGAGAGAAUAAAAAGUUGGAAGCUUUUGUUACAUCCGGCUUCUGUUUUUGGUGAAUUGUCGUCUUUCAUUGCUGUUGGUUAUUUUUUUUAUAAUUUAUUUGGAAUUUUCUGAUCUAAUGGCUGAGAUUUCCACCGAUGUUGAAUCCGUUCACGACGUAGCCAUCAACGGUGGUGGUGACGGAAUUGAGAAGAGCCUGGUGACGGAUUCUAAACCGGAAUCCGAAUCGGACUUCAAACCCAAAUCUGAAACAAAACCGGAACCGGAGGUUGAUCACAUGAGGAAGCUUGUCCUGAAUCCUGAAGCUAAGGAGUUUUUCCCUUCUUACAAGAAGAAGAACAAUCAGUCUCUGUCUUCUGUCGAUUUUGCGACCGCUAAGAAGAAGCUGUCCGAGGAAGAACCUAAUGGUGACAACAAAAAGGAUGGCAAUUACCGGAGGAGCAGAAACAAUUAUAACCAAGGGAGGAAAGUGAGGAUAACUGGAAGAGCUUCCAAGGCUCAAAGAGAGGAUAGUAUUAGAAGAACAGUAUAUGUCUCUGACAUUGAUCAGACUGUGACUGAGGAAGUCUUAGCUGGCUUGUUCAGCAGCUAUGGACAAGUUGUUGAUUGCCGAAUCUGCGGAGAUCCACAUUCAGUUCUUCGCUUUGCCUUUGUUGAGUUCUCUGAUGACCAAGGUGCGAGGGCUGCCUUAAGUGUCGGUGGGACAAUAAUCGGUUUUCACCCAGUUAGAGUCUUGCCUUCAAAAACUGCCAUUCUUCCAGUCAAUCCCACAUUUCUCCCAAGGUCAGAAGAUGAGAGGGAGAUGUGUACAAGAACCAUCUACUGCACUAAUGUCGACAAGAAUGCCACUGAAGAUGAUGUCAAAAUUUUCUUUGAGUCUGCCUGCGGUGAGGUUACUCGCAUAAGGCUUCUUGGUGACCAGUUGCAUUCGACUCGCAUAGCUUUUGUUGAAUUUGCCAUGGCAGAGAGUGCAGUUGCGGCGCUCAACUGCAGCGGAGUAGUCUUAGGAUCUCAGCCUAUAAGGGUAAGCCCUUCAAAGACACCAGUGAGAUCAAGAUUCACUCGAUCACCAUCCACAAACUAGGAGACAUAGAAGCCAAGAGGCUUUGUUCAUGAAGGAGAGUGAUGCAACAUUUCGUUUUUUUUCUAUUCCCUUCAGUAACUCUUUUUUUUCUUUUCAGUUGUCUUUUGAAUUAUUUCCUAGAGCAGAGUUAUAUCUCCAGUUCGGUAGUAUAUGGAAACAAAAGCAACGAUGAACAUUGCUCUUAAACUUGGAGUUCUUGUUCUAAGACUCAUUUGAGUUCACACCAUAUUUCUCAGAUGGAAUUUUUGGUUUUAUAUAUGUUGAUCUUUAACCGGAAUAAAAAGUUUCAUGAUCCAAG